GGAUUGUGAUGUUGUUCUUUCUGCACGUCCGUACUUGCUGCAUGGGGAGAUGUUUGUGUUUGUUGUCGUCCAAAAGGGCCUCUCUCUCUCUCUCUCUCUGCUCAGACAGGUUCUCUCACUUUUCAGCACAGCAGCUCAGCCUGGGGAAGGUUUGGAUUUCUCAGCUGGCUGCUGGUGACACGGGGUGGGGGCAGGAAGGCAGAUGUGAAAUGAAUGAAGUUCUUUUAGGACCUUUCUCCCCACUUCAUCCCUCCCCUGUUUCCUCCCACAAAUUGGCACCUCUGGCCACGCUUGUCUCGCUUUCUGUUUUCCCCGCAUGUGGAUUCCUGCGUACCUGUCUUGACAAGGACAGACGCAGCCCUUUAGGGCACAGCAAAAGGACUCAAACAGGAGGAUAUUUUGUUUUUGUUGUUGUGUUUGCCCUGUCGCUGGAAUAUUAUUGAAGUUUGGGAGAGGUGUCGACACGUUGGCCUUGCUGCUUUGGUGUAGUUUUAGGAUGGAUGCCAUCAUGCUGCAGGAGAAACUGGUUGAACGUCUCCUGUGCCCGCGAGUGAGAACGGCUAGACAGAAGGAGAAGCAGUAUGUGGGCUUCGCCACUCUGCCUAACCAAGUCCACAGGAAGUCGGUGAAGAAAGGUUUCGACUUCACUCUCAUGGUGGCGGGCGAGUCCGGCAUGGGCAAAUCCACAUUGGUCAACAGCUUGUUCCUCACAGACCUCUACAAGGACAGGAAGCUGCUGAAUGCUGAGGAGCGCAUCAACCAGACAGUGGAGAUCAUUAAACACACGGUGGACAUCGAGGAGAAAGGAGUCAAGCUCAAGCUGACCAUUGUGGACACGCCAGGCUUUGGAGACGCCGUCAACAACAACGAGUGCUGGAGGCCCAUUACAGACUACAUUGAUCAGCAGUUUGAGCAGUACUUCCGCGAUGAGAGCGGCCUCAACAGGAAGAACAUCCAGGACAAUCGUGUCCACUGCUGCCUGUAUUUUAUCCCGCCAUUUGGUCACGGGCUGCGUCCAGUCGAUGUUGAGUUCAUGAAAGCUCUGCACGAAAAAGUGAACAUCAUCCCUCUCAUUGCCAAAGCCGACUGCCUCACGCCUAACGAAAUCAAGAAGCUAAAGGACCGAAUACGAGAGGAAAUAGACAAGUUUGGCAUCAAAGUCUACCAAUUUCCUGAAUGCGACUCGGAUGAGGAUGAAGAGUUCAAACAACUGGACAAAGAGCUAAAGGAGUGCACCCCCUUUGCCGUGAUUGGCAGUAACACAGUGGUGGAGGCUCGGGGGCAGCGAGUGCGAGGGCGGCUUUACCCGUGGGGCAUCGUUGAAGUGGAGAACCAGUCCCACUGUGACUUUGUCAAGCUGAGGAACAUGCUGAUCCGCUCGCACAUGCACGACCUCAAAGACGUGACCUGCGACGUCCACUAUGAAAACUACAGAGCACAGUGCAUACAGGAGAUGACCAGUAAACUGUCUCAGGACAACCGCAUGGAGUCUCCCAUCCCCAUCCUGCCCUUGUCCACCCCGGAUGUGGACACUGAAAAAUUGAUUAAAAUGAAAGAUGAGGAGCUGAAGAGGAUGCAGGAGAUGCUGACUAAGAUGCAGCAGCAGAUGCACGAGAAAGACUAGCAGCGCCACCUGGUGUUCUCUCGAACAACAACUUGAGACAUUGUGAACGUCACACAGCAUUUUCUUUUUUCUUUUUAAUGAGUGGCUGCACAUUUAUCUUCAUUGUGUUUGGUGUUUUUGUACAAGUCCAGGUCGUCUGCCUUUUUCUUUGCUUUUUGCCCCCCUUCCCUCCCCAACAUAACAUACAUGAUGAAUGCUUAAUUUAAAUCACUAAUAAGCGUAUCUAAUUUAUAUAUUAAAAAAAAAAACAAUGCUAACUUUUACGAAUAUUUUGUCAGGGUAUUUGCAAGAUGUUUUCUUGGUGACAUUUGAAUUUUUUUAUUCUGUGAAAGUGCGUGUGAGUGUGUGUGUGUGUGUGUGUGUGUGUGUGUGUGUGUGUGUGUGUGUGUGUGUGUGUGUGUGUGUGUGUGUGUGUGUGUUUGUGGGAGUCAUUAAUGUCUACAGGUCCAUAACUUUUUUUUUUUUUGUCUUUGCACAUCUGAUAAUCAGAAUUUUUUAUUUAUAUCAUGUCAAGAAACUCAGCUUUUUUUCCCGAGCUGAGCUAAUAAUGCACUUAUUGUCAGAGGUCAAAGAUGUUAACUGUGAACAUACGCCACUAAUAACGAUGAGAGGUUGCUUGUGUAAGCAUGCUGCCGUGCUCCUAAUGUGCUUGAUACUCUUUAUUACUUCACAGCUAACAUUUAGGAUUUUUGUUUUUGCUUUAUGGUGUUGAUGCUUCUGUUUUUUUUUUUUAAACAUUGUUACUGAAUUCUGCCCAUGAAGAAGAACAAUAUGCGAGUGAGUGAAAUUAAGUGCAUCUUCUGUCCAAUUUGACAAAUAAACGUGUUUUUCGUCAUUCUGUGCA